AAGUAACAGUACUAGAGAGGACCAAUCACUGCCCAUGUCCUUCGUGACGUCACAGGCGGGCUGGGUAUAUAAGGGGACGGUCAGCGGGAAGGCGGCACAGCAAGGCACUCACAAGAACUCUCGCAUCUCCUGCAGCAUGGCGCUCACAGUGUCAAUUAUUCUAGCCUGUGUCGGGGCGGCCCUCGCCUCACACCCUCCCUACGGCCACGCCCCCGUGUAUGGCCACCACCAUCACCACAAACACUCCUACUGCGACCCAACCGCCCCCCCUGCCUGCGCAGCCAACUCCACGCUCUCCUACUGCCUGGAGGACGCCGAGUACCCCGAAUAUGACAUCAAGGGCGCCAUAAGCGCCGACCACAUCUUCGCCAAGAAGUACGCCGACGUGGCCGACCAGUCCGCCGACGACCUGGUGGAGACGGUCACCAAGGAGCAGGAGGAGGCGUUCGACUACUCCUACUACACCGGCGCCUCUACCGGCGACUCCCCCUACGACGUGACCCACUGGACGGGCCCCGAGGGCUACAUCUGCCCCUCGGACGUGGCCUACGCCCGCCCCAGGCGCGCCCGCAACGUGGAGGGCAAGUGGAGGGUGAUCGUGAACGACGUGCACUACUACACCCAGACGGCGCGUCUGGAGACAUGCCUGUUCCCCGAGGCCGCCUGCCGCGCCUUGGCGCCCUGCUUCAAGAGUCACUGCACCCAGAAAUUCGUGUACCAUCGCCUGCUCUCCUACGACCCCUGUGAUCCUUACAAGGGCCUCUUCAUCGACAUCUACAAGCUGCCCUCCGCCUGCUCCUGCCACCUUCCUGCCUAAGCUCCCGCCAAUGCUGUCCCUCCCGCCGCCCUUCAUCCUCGACCCUCCAGACCCAGAACCCGUCCCCCCCCCCUCCACCCCACGCUGCCACGCCAGGUUAGAAUAUUGACACUGUCUGCUCCCUUUCCCUCUUCGUUGGACCGCGGGGCCGCCGCCUUCCUCAGGAGCACCCCGAGGACUCGCGUAAGAAGCUCCCAAGAGACCUAGAGAACUGCUUUCUUUACGUACCGCCGACACCACCAUCGCCACCAGUCACAGGAACCACUUGGGAAUUUCUUUACCAUUUCAAGUCCGAACUCAAAAUUAUGUUCCUUUACUUUCCCUUCCACUGUCAAGUAACUUUUUUUCCUCUUAAUGGAAGUGAGUGCGAGAUGCUGAGAGUUCUUGUAUUUUUUUUUUCUAUUAAACAAAAAAAUCCACAAAA